UCCAAAACAAUAUGAAGAAAAAACAAGAACUCAAGUUAUAACUGGGGGUAAGAAAACUAUGCUUGAUCAUAAAUUCCCAAAGAAUAUCAUUGUUGCUACUCCAGGGAGAUUAUUAGAUAAACUUUCAAAUGCAAGAGAUGCUGAAAUGUUUGCUAAGAUUGAUUAUAGAAUUUAUGAUGAAGCUGAUAGACUUUUAGAUAUUGGGUUUGAAGAAGAAUUAUCCAAGAUUGAUACUAUCUUAAGAGAAGUGAGACAGAAAUAUAAUCCAGAAGCUCCUGAAUUUAAAACUGUUUUAUUCAGUGCUACCGUUGAUGAUAAUGUAUCAAGAUUCGCUAAAGACCAAAUUGGAAAUGAUUAUAAAUUUAUUAAUUGUGUUAAUGAAAAUGAACCUGAAGCUCAUGAAAAUAUUCAUCAAACUUUAGUUACUUGUGAUAAUUCAACUCAAGUUUUUGAAUCUGCUAUUUCCUUUAUUUUAAAUAAUAUGGAAAAACCAAAUUUCAAAGCUAUGGUAUUUUUACCAACUAUUGCUGCUACGGAAUGGUUUUUCACUGCUUUAAGUACCACCAAAAGAACUGAUCUUUAUGAUUCCAACUUAGUUGGAAGACAAUACAGAUCUCAAAUCUUAAGAUUACAUGGUAAACGUACUCAAGUUGCUCGUGAAAAAACUGUUAAACUUUUCCGUCAUCUUGAUCAUGGGGUAUUAAUCUGUACUGAUGUUGCUGCUAGAGGUUUAGAUCUUAGUGGUGUAUCUCAUGUUAUUCAAUUAAAUCCUUCAUCUGAACUUGCUGAUUAUAUUCAUAAAGUGGGUAGAACUGCUAGAGCUGGUCAAAAGGGUGAAGCCAUUACUUUCCUUACUAAAGAUGAAUUAAACUAUGUUAAGCAACUUCAAAAACAAAGAGGUGUUAAGUUUGCCGUGGAAAUGAGUGGAUCAGAUAUUCCAGUGGUGGAAAAUAUCCUUGAAAGAGUCAAAGUUGAUGAUCAUAUCAUUGAUCAAAUGAUUGGUUCUUAUUUAAGUUUCCAAGGUCAAGUGACUCGUGUUUAUCGUUUGAAUGAAAGUAAGAUUAUUCCAAGUUUAAUGGAAUUAUAUCGUAAACUUUUAUCAUCUCCAGAAGCUAAACUUACCCUUAGUAGUAAGGCUGCUGGUAUGUUUAGAGUGAAUUACGAUAUUAAAGAUGAAUAUUUCGAUUAUCCUCAAGAUAGAUUCUCCAGACGUAGUGGUGGUGAUCAUCAACAAAAGUCUGAUAGAUACAAUAAAUUCAAUAGUGAUGGUGGAUAUCAAUCAAAAAGUAGAGGGUAUGCUGAUCGUGAUGGUUCAUCCUCUUAUGGACAUAAAAGUCAAUCUUAUGGUCAUAGUGAAGGAAAUAGUUCAUAUGGUCAUAGAGAAAGUAGAGGAGAUAGUUACAACAGUGGUGGCUACAAUAAACCAAGAAACAAUAACUAUGGAAACAAAUCCAAUUACGGUGGGGACAGAGAAAGAAGUAGUAGAAGUAACUACAAUAGUGGAGACAGAAGUAGUAGAAGUAACUACAAAAGUGGAGACAGAAAGGGCUCUUAUAGUAAUGACAGAAGAGGUAAUAGACAAUCACAAUUUGAUUUAUAAACGUGAUUAUUGAUCGUCUAUGGUAUGACAUGUGUAUAUUAUAUCAAUUUUUGUAAAUAUUAAACUCGUAUAUUAGCAGUACAUAGAAAACAAAGCAAUAAAUAAAUUUGUACAU